CUCUCCUACAUUUCAAACAUGGCGAAACUCUUUCCCAUGAUACCGCCGCCGUCGCCGUCGCCCUCCCGCACCCCGCCGCCCCCCGCGUCCUCCUGUCGGCCCUCACCAUCACCGUUAUCCCCGGUACCGUGAUGCCCCGGGAGGAUGGAGAAGCUGUCGGCGAGCCUGUCGGAGAUCACCUGGAGCCCGUUGGCGCUGCCGCUGGACGCGGUGGUCAGCAAGUUCCGUCUGCCCACCCUGGUCCGCCUGGCGCACGGUGAAUGUGUGGAGGGCCUGUCGGAGGAGGAUGUGGUGCUCUUGCACUCCUGCCGGCAGUGGACCACAGUGACGGCACACAGCUUAGAGGAAGGACACUACGUAAUCGGGCCUAAAAUCGACAUCCCUCUGCAGUACCAGGGCAAAUUCAAGUUGUUGGAUGAAGACCGGGACGUCCGGGAUCCAGUCCAGUACUUCUCCAGUGUGGAGGAAGUGGCUGGAGUCUUCCCUGACCGGGUCUUCGUCAUGGAGACCAUCACUUUCAGUGUCAAGGUGGUUUCCGGGGAGUUCAGUGAGGACAGCGAGCCCUACAGCUUCACUCUGCAGGCUGGAGAUGAGCUGUCGCUUAUGGGGAAGGCGGAGCUUCUCUGUGCCACGCCCUCAAAGGAAAAGACGGGACUGACCGCGCUCCUGAGACGCCUCGGAAAGACUCCUCGAAGUAAAACUCCCUGCCUCGUCUGCAUGAACCACCGCACCAAUCAGAGCGUCAGCCUGCCCUUCGGCUGCCGCGGACGCUUUUGCACCCGCUCCCCUCUGGAGCAAGGCAUGCUGGGAGGGGAGCACACGGUGCGCAGCAUCAUCGAGAGAGUUCGCCUGCCCGUCAACGUGUCGGUCCCCUCGCGGCCGCCGCGGAACCCCUACGACCGCCACGCGGUGCGGGAGGGCCACCGCUACAAGCUGCUGAACAUCGUCAGCAAGACGGUGGUGCUGUGCAUGGUCCUGCGCAGACAGGAAGUCUCGCCCUCCCACUUCCUGUUGCUGCGCUGCAUGCCCCGGUUCAACGUGGGCGAGGCCUCCGUCCACACGGCGGCGCUGGAGAGCCUCCUCCUCAGACACGCCUUUGACCCGGACGCCUACUCUCGCGCUGUCAGAGAGACCCGGCCGGAGCUGGAGUGCAUGACAGAGGAGUGCGUGAGCCCGCGGCGCUCCCGCGUCUGCGUGUCGGGCCAGGACUCGCUGGUGCCGGCCCUGCAGCGCCUCUCCAUGUGCGGGUACGUCGGCGGGGUUUCCGACGGCGUGUCGCAGCGCUGCAGGGACUCUCUGGGAGAGCGCCUGGGGGAGGGGCCAGGCGAGGAGCGGGAAUAUGUGACUCCUGAGUGGACUGAGGCUGAAAUGAGGACCAGUGAGGAAAUUCCUUACGAGGAACUUUGGACCAAUCAGAACCCGGAGGGCUUGGGAAAGGAGCCGAACCUCAUAUCCUUCCACUCGUCGUCUUCUUUGGACGGUUCAGUCGGUACGGUGGUGGCAAGAGUGUCUACCCCGCCACCCGUACCUCCAAAAUCCGACGCUGUGAGAGAGGAGUGCCGCUACUUGAUCGCCCCCCCAGUUCCCCCGCGCUGCUCCAAAGGAGGCUCCAUCUCCAGCCCGGCUCCCAGCCCUCCAGUGCCUCCACGCUUUCCCAAACUCUCCAUCCCAAGACCAAACCUGUCUUUCUACUCAUCUGGACUGCAGGACAGCUGUUCCCCCUCUCCGGACACCUCCCUCUACUGUUACCCCUGCUCCUGGGCAGACUGCCCUGCUCCCAACCCCGCUAGCCCUGGGCCAGUCUCUGCAGACAAUACAGCCAAUCCUCAGCCUGCGCAGGCCACCUGGGCAGAGCCCUGGGUGGAUUCCUUCACCUCCUCCGGGCCUCGGCUCAGGCCGCCCCCUCCACAAAGCCGGUUUGCUCCCUUUGGGGCGCUAAACCCCUUCAAUCGUCAGUCCCCCUGUCCCUCGCCUGAGCCUGCUCCCAAUCCAGCCACAGAUUUCUCCAGGGGAGCAGAGGGAGGCGGUUCGUCCACCGAGGGCGCAUCCCCGCCCCCCGACCCCACCUGGCGGCCUCCGUCCGACCUGUCAGCACUGUCCCUGGAGGAGGUGUCGGCCUGCCUGCGGUUCAUCGGCCUGUCGGAGGCGGCGGUGGCCGUGUUCCAGCGGGAGCGGAUCGACGGCAGCCUCCUGGUGCAGCUGACCGAGGACAUCCUGUCACACGACUUCCACCUGAGCCGUCUCCACGUGACCAAGAUCACACAGUUCAUACAGGGCUGGAGACCCAAAAUCUAACGCACACACACACACAUCUUGUCCUGAUAACGUGCCUGUUGGCUCCCGGAGCCACCCAGUCCUGAAUGUGCCUUCCACUGUGACCAACCGGCUGCUGAAGCUGAAGGAAACCACGCCACACUGUGGCGGAACUGCAGAACUGACACUGGCGCUGAGAAUCCCUGACGACACAUUUCUAGUCUGAAUCAGAAUGGGACUAGUUUACUAACAAAAGGCUACGACACAGAAGAAAUGGCCCUGUUUUGAUGAGAAGGUCAGCCAUCUCCGUGCUAACUCUGAACAGCAGCACGUCGCCCUGAAGCUGUGACUGGUCACACAUGGAAAAUGAACUGCAUUUUGUUUGGAAUUUCUCCUUUUAAGGUACAUUAAGGGAUUCACAACCUCGAUUGUUGACCAGUCUCUGCCUCAGCCUCUUCUAUGGAGCUUCUGGGACAUGCAACCGGCACAAAUGACAGAGAGAAAGAAAUCUUAGAGCUCACCCAUGCAAUGACUGAGAUUUGGGAACUGAUCAACUAUUCGAUGAAUUCUCUCUGAAUAUGCAGAAUUAUUUAUCAGGGUCAUGUUGUGCUUUGCAGCAGUGACAUUUUUAUUAACAAUCCCCCCUUCAGGGUAACAGACAGAUGUGUUGUGCUAGAAUAAAAGUUUUUGUCUGCCUCAGAAAAGGAGUUCUCAAAAUGUACCUCAGAAUGUUUCUUCAGAUAUGCUUGAUUUAGUCCUGUAUAAUAAUAAUAAAUGUAAUCACACUUGGUACUGUGUGCAAAGA